CCGACCUGCCUCUCGCGGGAGCGGCUAGCGCUCCCCUCCCUCCUCUCCCUCCUCCCGCGAGCCAGGGGUUCCUCAGCUGGCUCGGUCCGAGUCAGUGUCAUUCAAAGAGGCGGACUGCUGAGUGCUGGGCGCGGGCGCGCGGUUGCAGUCCUGCUCGGGCGCCGGUGCCUGCGCUCGCGCCGCCGGGUGGGAAGGAUGAAGCCUCAGCUGGAGCAGCCACCCUAUGAUUGGCUGUGGCGCUUGUGAACCCGAAGUAAAGAUGGCGGGCGGGCAGGCAGCCGCCGCACUGCCCACUUGGAAGAUGGCGGCUCGCCGCAGUCUCAGUGCCCGCGGUCGGGGGGUCCUGCAGGCAGCUGCGGGCCGGCUGCUGCCGCUGCUACUGCUGAGCUGCUGCUGCGGCGCGGGCGGCUGCACAGCGGCCGGCGAGAACGAGGAGACCGUGAUCAUCGGGCUGCGGCUGGAGGACACGAACGACGUGUCGUUCAUGGAAGGGGGUGCGCUGCGGGUGAGCGAGCGGACCCGGGUCAAGCUGCGGGUGUACGGGCAGAACAUCAACAACGAGACAUGGUCCCGCAUCGCCUUCACUGAGCACGAGCGGCGCCGGCACACACCCGGCGAGCGCGGGCUGGGGGGCCCCGCGCCUCCGGAGCCGGACAGCGGCCCCCAGCGCUGCGGCAUCCGCACCUCAGACAUCAUCAUCUUGCCGCACAUCAUUCUCAAUCGCCGCACAUCGGGCAUCAUCGAGAUCGAGAUCAAACCGCUGCGCAAGAUGGAGAAGAGCAAGUCUUAUUACCUGUGCACGUCUCUCUCCACGCCCGCGCUGGGCGCCGGCGGCUCCGGGUCCACGAGUGGCGCCGUCGGGGGCAAGAGUGGCGCGGGGGUGGCGGGACUCCCGCCUCCCCCAUGGGCCGAGACCACCUGGAUUUACCACGACGGCGAGGACACCAAGAUGAUCGUGGGCGAGGAGAAGAAGUUCCUGCUGCCCUUCUGGCUGCAAGUGAUUUUCAUCUCGCUGCUGCUGUGCCUGUCAGGCAUGUUCAGCGGCCUCAACCUGGGGCUCAUGGCCCUGGACCCGAUGGAGCUGCGCAUCGUGCAAAACUGCGGCACGGAGAAAGAGAAGAAUUACGCCAAGCGCAUCGAGCCGGUGCGCAGGCAGGGCAACUACCUGCUGUGCUCGCUGCUGCUGGGCAACGUGCUGGUCAACACCACGCUCACCAUCCUGCUCGACGACAUUGCGGGCUCAGGCCUUGUGGCGGUGGUGGUCUCCACCAUUGGCAUCGUCAUCUUCGGGGAAAUCGUGCCCCAAGCCAUCUGCUCCCGACACGGCCUGGCAGUAGGGGCCAACACCAUCUUCCUCACCAAGUUUUUCAUGAUGAUGACCUUCCCUGCUUCUUACCCGGUUAGCAAACUGCUGGACUGCGUCCUGGGCCAGGAGAUAGGCACUGUCUAUAACCGGGAAAAACUGCUGGAGAUGCUCCGCGUCACUGACCCCUAUAACGACCUCGUUAAGGAGGAGCUGAACAUCAUCCAAGGGGCGCUGGAGCUCCGCACCAAGACUGUAGAGGACGUGAUGACUCCCCUCCGGGACUGCUUCAUGAUCACCGGCGAGGCUAUCCUGGACUUCAACACCAUGUCCGAGAUCAUGGAGAGUGGCUACACUCGAAUCCCAGUGUUCGAAGGAGAGCGUUCCAACAUCGUGGACCUGCUCUUCGUCAAAGACUUGGCCUUCGUGGACCCAGAUGACUGCACUCCCUUGAAAACCAUCACCAGAUUUUACAACCACCCCUUGCACUUUGUUUUCAACGACACCAAGUUGGACGCCAUGCUGGAAGAAUUUAAGAAAGGUAAAUCUCACCUGGCCAUUGUGCAGCGUGUGAACAAUGAGGGUGAAGGGGACCCGUUUUAUGAAGUCCUGGGGAUUGUCACCUUGGAAGACGUGAUUGAAGAAAUCAUCAAGUCUGAGAUCUUGGAUGAGACAGACCUGUACACUGAUAACAGAACAAAAAAGAAGGUGGCCCACCGUGAGAGAAAGCAAGACUUCUCUGCCUUUAAGCAGACAGACAGCGAGAUGAAGGUUAAAAUAUCACCGCAGCUUCUCCUGGCCAUGCACCGUUUCCUAGCAACAGAAGUAGAAGCAUUUAGCCCAUCCCAGAUGUCAGAGAAGAUCCUCCUCAGGCUGCUAAAGCACCCCAAUGUCAUCCAGGAGCUGAAGUAUGAUGAGAAGAAGAAGAAAGCCCCUGAGAGCUUCCUCUACCAGAGAAACAAACCUGUAGACUACUUCGUCCUCAUUCUGCAGGGGAAAGUGGAAGUGGAAGCUGGGAAGGAAGGCAUGAAGUUUGAAGCAAGUGCUUUCUCAUACUAUGGUGUGAUGGCCCUCACGGCCUCUCCAGUUCCUUUGUCCCUGUCUCGGACCUUUGUCGUCAGCAGGACAGAGGUGUUAGCGGCAGGCUCUCCAGGUGAAAAUAAGUCACCUCCUCGCCCCUGUGGCCUGAACCACUCAGAUUCUCUCAGUCGAAGCGACCGGAUUGAUGCCAUGACACCAACCUUGGGGAGCAGCAACAAUCAGCUCAAUUCCUCAUUCCUCCAGGUCUACAUCCCGGAUUACUCAGUCCGAGCCCUCUCUGACCUACAGUUCGUCAAGAUCUCCAGACAGCAGUACCAAAACGCCUUGAUGGCAUCCCGGAUGGACAAAACCCCUCAGUCUUCAGACAGUGAAAACACUAAAAUCGAAUUGACUCUUACGGAGCUUCAUGAUGGGUUGCCAGACGAGACGGCCAACUUACUCAAUGAACAGAACUGUGUGUCGCACAACAAGGCCAACCACAGCCUGCACAGUGAAGGCGCCAUUUAGGGCUGCUCAGGCCUCCUCGUCCGGCCUCCUGGCCUGUCUGACCAUGACUUCCCACAGUGUGAGCUUGUCUGCCAUGCUGCGUCCUACAGCAUUGAGACCAAAGACUUUGUCCCUUUCCCUGGAGGCCGCAGAGGACAGCAAGCUGAGGACGGCAUGGGGCAGGGUGGAGACCAGACUCGCGACGUCGUCGACAGCUGGGGCAUGGCUUUCAAGAAUUCGGAGACAGACUUCUUCCGCCCAAAUAGAAUCAUGUUUAUUUUUUCAGUACCUUUUAUCAUUUCUUUCCUCCCUCAAUUUGCAUGAAUUUAAAAAUUGUUUCGUUUAUUUUUUUCAAAAGAUCAUGUUUUUGUUUUUAAGUGUCUUUUGCAGAGUUUUAAGUUGGUCUGUCUGAACUAACUCUGCUGUGAUCCCAUGAUGUAACCCUAACAGGAUGGACUUGCCUGAGUGGCCUUCCUCGGCUGUCCCCAGGAAGGAUACCUUUCCUCUGUGUGCCGGUGGGUGUCACUGUCGAACUCGAUGGAUGAAUGACGAAAACCAUGUCACUGAGGAACGUGCCAAGUCUGUCGUCACUGUGGGUGUUGGCAGCAGCUGCAGACGCCCCUCUACACAUAGUGUUGUUUCGAAAAUGUUUAACUGUGUCCCUUUCCCUCAGGAAGGGUUAACGUUUGUUUGGGAAUGUGAUUUUGCUCCCACCCUAAGGAAUUUUUAUCACCAAAAUGAAUGUUAAUGAAUUUUAAACCCAUGGUUUAUCAUUGGCAAGAGGCAAGUUGACUUCAUCCACAUUCCUGUAACCUGGGGUGGUCUGGGGCAUCAGCUGAGCCACCCUGCACCUUCUGGGCCCUCACUCUUGCUAACCCAAGCUGCUGCUCCAGGUGCCAAAUGGAAACCUUCCAUGGGGCUUCUGAAUGAACAUGUGGCGUGCAGCUCCAUGAGUGCCUCUUCCCACCAGGAUUUGUGUGUUAUCAGAAUGAGGUGGGGUGGGGUGGCCUAUGUACUUGGGCAUUUCUAGACCCAUGUUUUUAGUGGAAGGACAAGGGAUAGCUUGUCCCGGCCCUCCUUCCAGAGCCAAGUGCCCCCUCCCAUCUUGUCCCUGAGCUGUAGGGCCCACAAGUGGCAGUGGCCCUGCUCACAGGUGCCUCCUGCUUCACAUGUGGCCAGUGCCAGAGAGGCUGCCCGUACAGCAGUUUGACCCCAAAUGGAUUUAGAAACCAAAUGUGUGUUUUGACUGUCUCAUGUGUGUGUCUGUCUUAUUUUAAUACCAAAUUUACCAUGUGUUGUGAAAUUCAUGCCAGCGGGUACUGUUUGGGUGACUGAAUCCUUAACUAGCUUGUUUGUUUGAAGUGGUUACCUGUUUUUGCUGGCAACACUCAUACACUGAAAUGAACUCCUGACCAUAGUGUUCAAUAGGAUUCUUACUACCCAGGUCACUGCUGGAGAAGAGAGCCUUCCUGUGCCCGGGCUUCCUGCCCAGGGAACCCUAAGGCUCGACAUCAGCCGCCUCCCUCAGGUAGGAGGUCUGUGAACCCCAGGUUGGGCUCUGGGAGGGUGACAUGUUGGGUUGGUCUCCUGGUAGAUAGUUGGUGACUCUGGAAACGUGUGUGUGUGUGUGUGUGUGUGUGUGUGUGUGUGUGUGUGUGUGUGUGCGCGUGUGUGCGCGCGCGCUAGGAAUGGACCCAGAGCACCCUACUGCACCUGGGUUUGGGCCUCUGGUGCCAUGUCCACUAUCAGUGUUAACUCUGGGUAGUGGUCCUGGAGUGUUCUCAGAAGGUACUGUGCCUGACAGAGAAGGGCUGGCUUCACUUAGUGGAGGGUCACAGAGAGAGAGGCCUACUCCUGGUACCUAGCCUGUUACAUUGGGAUGGAGUUCCUACCAUAUGGAUCCUUAUACUGUGAGUACCGUCUUUUCAAACGCAUCCAUUUACCAAGGAGCAUAAUGGAGUAUAAUGUGUGCAGAUGUUAACUUUCAGUUGGGCUAGGGCCGGGGCCUCUCCAACAAGCUUCCACCUGGGCACCUCCCUGAGGCCUGAGGAGCCAGGAGCCCAGCAAGGCUAUCAUGGUGAGUGCUUCACUCUGCCAGCCUCAGGCACUGUGCACACCUGCCUCAGGCAGCCUUGCUGCUGGAAGGGGCCUCUGGGAGAGAAGCAUGCUUGGUCCCUUUUCAAGCUUUGCUGUUUGUAGAUCCUAGAGAUGUGUGGAGAGUGUCAGUCACCGCCUAGUGUGGCCGCUAACUGCAGUCUCUUACAAAGGAGCUGGGGAGUGGGGUUCUCAAAGAUUGAGAUUGCAGCCAGCCAGCUUUGCGUGCAUGUCCUGUUAAUGAUCUAAUUACCUUCGAGUACUCAGUUCUAAAAACCAGGAAUUCAGAAUAGUUCCUACCUUGAUCCCGAGUGCACCAAGGUGAACUGGCUAUGGUUGAGUUGCUCUGCGGAGUCCUUAACCUUCAAACAGGGCUUGCGUCUGAGUGACCAGUUCUUCAGCUCUCCCCUUUCCCAGACUCCUUAGCCAGCUGAAGGAAAGGCACUGGCUCUCUGCCCCUCUGGGCCAGCAGCAUCGUCUUGGCUAGGAAGGGCACAUAGCACCUGUGGCCUGACCCCAUGAGCUUCCACAAGAAAGACUGGCAGGCAAUGGAAUGGCCACGCACAGGGCUCCUUCCUUGUAGGUCUGGCCUGUAGUCCUCCCAGGCUGCUGCACCAUCAAACAUGGAGGGAGGAGGGGUAAGGCAGGCAGGCCAGACUCGGGUUGCUGUGGGUCUCCUCCCUGCCCCACAGUGGUGUCUAGAGCCGCUGCUGCCAGCCAGAGGACAGGGCAGCCUUGUGUGCAGCUGUGGCCAGGACAUUCACUGUAAAUGAGGGUUCUUCCUCUGCUGCUCACUGUCCAUCAGGCAGGCCCCAACUCUGGUAACUCAACUCUUGGGAAAACAGAAUCCUGAAAUUUCUCCAUGAGUACUGGGGUGCUAGUCUACUAGAUUAAACUUUGGUUCUUAAUUUGAAGGUGCCUCCUCUUUCAAACUCUCUAUGGGCGUGGUUGACCUCGCAUGAAGGGAGCUGAGCCACACACCACUUUCUCAUGUCAUUCCAGGAAAUGUGUGCAGGUGUUCGGGGCAGAACUUCACACUGACAGGAACACUGUCAGAAGUCACCUUGCCAUCCCCAGCUCUGUACAGCUGAAGGACUAGCUUUUCCAAGUCUAGGAAAACAUGGCAGGUCCAAACGCAUUUCCCUUAAGAAAUGAAGCAACAGCACUUGAAGUUAAACAGGGACCACGGACUUCUGCCCCCAAGUUACUUGGGUUAAGGAGCAAGCCAAGUAGGUGCUGAGUGACUGAGCCUGUGUCCUGGCUAGUUAAACCACACGCAGGCACCUGUCCUUCUCUGAAGGCUGCCAGGGAUCCGUGCCAGUCCCUGUGCCUGGAGCAGGGGAUGAGGUCUCCCAGGGGUGAGCAGGCAGGUUAACUGGUGCAGCGGACACACCUUGCUCCCUGGACUAAAGAGCAGGCCUGAGAGGGCUGACUUCUUACAACGCACCGUGUAGCCUAAACUCCAUGGGAGCUUGGCAUAACUCCCUCCUUGCUCUGACCCAAGAUGUGCUUUUCUUGUGAGGUGGCUGGUCGAGGCACUGGAAGUACCAGUGUGCCCUUUCUUACUGGGGGAUCAGGCUGUUUGCUCCCAUUCUGGGCCUAAGCUUGUGGUGCUUGUGUGCUCAAGGACAACUGGGUAAGUUGUAGGCUAGCCCAGAAUUAGGAGGAAUGUAGAGAUGUAGAGGGGAGUGAUUGGGGGGGGGGUGGGAUUUGGAGUUUUCCUCAUACAAAUUUAUCAAUGAGCAACCUACUCAGUGGAUUUUUAUACCUCAGGGCCAUUUACUUUUGUGUUUGAGUGGCUGAUGGGAAAGAUGAACUCACUGGGGUUCGCUUGCUUCUAUGUGAGGGAUGAGUAGUGUUAGAAGGCUGAGCCUGCUGUUAGCUGGUCUCAAGCCUGGGAUGAGCAGGCCUUCCUCCAGCAGAGUCGACGAUAUUUCACCGAUUUUCCUUCUGGGGAGUCCUAUUUCCCUUCCCCCAGGCCCACCCCAGUCAGGCAGAGAGAACAGCAAGCAGCUGGGGACCUUUGUUUCUUGGUUCCCUGUGACUGACAUAGCAAUCCUUUUAAACUAGAGCCAUUGAGACAUCUCAACUGUGAUUGUUUUAAAUGCCUUUUGAUGGGGAAUGCCAGGCGGUACUUGAAGCAAUAUCAAAAUGGCAGGAGUCAGGUUCCAGGUGUUUGUAUGUACACAGCUGUUAACACAUGCAGCAGGAGAGCUGUGGGUCAACAAUGACUUCAGAUAAGGAUGGCUCAGGUACUGUCUGGCCUCAUUUGGAAAGGCAACAGAUUCUCAUGUUGCUCACAUCUGAUCCACAUGGAUUUGCUUAGGGGGUUGGAUUCUUCCUGAAUCACCCUGAAGAGAACUAUCAGAGGGGCCUAACAUACCUGAGUGCCUGCUCUUCCCCGAGACUCAGGUUUCUUACAUACAAACAGCUGGGUCCCAGGCCCCUAGAACAGAGGAAGUAGGGAAGAGCGAGUCUUUGGACUCAUUCCCUAGACAGCCCCUGCCUAGCUUCUGAUUCACUACUAUCCAUGUCUGGUCUACUGUGAAGUCUACCAAUCCAUUGACUUAUUUUUGCAGUCCUUUAAAUCCACAAAUGUAUAUGCUUUAUUUUAUAUUAUUUAUUAUGUACAUAUGUCUCUUCUGUUAGUAUAUCAUCUAUGACUAAGACACUGUUUUGAAGCCCCUCAUCCAUGGAGCCUAGGGUUCUGUGGUCCCUUAUUGGGUGAGAGGAUAGUGGUAUUUUUUUUUUUUUUAAAGGAAAAAAAAAAAACUGUAUUGCUGCUCUUCCUCCAAGCUUCUUUCAUUGCCCUACCCCCAACUCAUUCCUGAUGGCCAGUAUUUGAGAGGUAGGUGGCAGCAAUUUUCUCAAGUCUUCAUGAGUUACUGCAGAAGUGGCCCUGUGUGGUGGUAGCAUGUGGCUCCUUCCUCAUCACUACCCAAGCCAGAUCAGUUUCCUGGUCCCUAAAUGAUGGCCUCUACUUCUCACCUACCAUUGCAGAACCUAUCUAUCAUGGAAGCAGCCUGCCUGUCUAGGCUCUAAACAUGCCUCUUCCUGGUGUCAUGGCCCAGUUACCAACAUUGCCUUGGGCCUAAAGCAAGCCCUGCUUUGCCUGGUGUUUCUACCCUCCUUAGCUGUACCUGCUGUAUCAUGGUGUCCAUGUCGUGCAUUUGAGCAUAAAUGGGAAGCUGAACCAGCACAGGCGGCACAAGCUGACUGUCACUAUGGAUGCGUUUAUAACUCAAAUGUUGUAGAUUUACAAUACCUAUUUAUUUUGUACCAAUUUAUUUGUAAAUCUUGUGAUUGUUUUUAAAAGGUUUUGUUUAUUUCUAUUAUUCUAUUUAGAUAAAUGAUUUUCUGUUCACCCUUCUAGCAGAUGUGUGUUCCCUCUUUCCUCUAUGUAACACCAACCAUUUUGUUUUGUUCAGCCUUGGUCCCCUCCCCAAUCACAUGGCUUCACUAGUAGGAAAGCCUGGACUGGAUCACUUCAGGGCAUCUCCCUUGGACAGACACUGCAAAGUCUGAAAUACAAGUUGAGUGCCUCCAAGUUGCAGCCUGGUACAGCUGGUUCUGGGAGUGUUCUCCUUCCAAGGAGCAAGGUCUGCCCCAUCAGCCACCCCCUGGAAAAAGGUAGAAGUAGCCACCCAGCUUGCUGCAGAUCCUAGCCACCCUACUGACACCCAGCAGCUAGGCGCAUGGAAGAGCUAGGUUGUCCUUGGAAAUGGCCUCUCAACUGGCUCUAAAGAUGAGAACUGCUAUGUAGGCCCUCUAAUCAGAGAGGAUGGGUGGCUCAUGGGUGUGUGACCCUCAAGUGACACAAGGUAUGGGAGGCGUAUCAGAUGCACUUCAAGAAUGGCCCUCGACUUUUGCUGUCACCGCAGACCUCUUCCUUUGGUCUCUCUCUACUGUUGACAAGACCCACACCACCUUCUGGCUGAAGUUCAAGGUGCUUGGUGACCCACUAUUUGGCUGCCACUUUGUUUUUGUUUUGAUUUUCUGUAUUUCCCAUUCCAAACAAGCCCAUGCUCUGAGAAUCAAGCCUCAAGUGGCCCCUCAAGAGUCCCUAAUGUGCCUGAUCAUGACGGUCAGUUGUAACACGUGUCCUGUGUGAGAACAUUUCAGAGGAGUACUCACAAGACCGACUUUAAACCUCUCUCUGACCAUGAACAUUUCCUGAAGGGGAAAGAAUGCACCUGUGGCCCAGAAUCUGGCUCCUUUUCCCUAGACUCAGCACAAAGUAGUAGCGAAGGAAGAUGGCCACUGCACACUCCCCGCCGGCUGCCUGCUGUGGGUGGAUUUUCAUCAGCUGAGUGCUGAGAUGGGUGGAAACGCCCAAGGAGAGGCAGUUGUGUGGCGACCCUGUGCAGCCCCAUCAUGCCCGUGCCAGUUCCUUUCUGAGCUUCACUGGGCUCAGAGCUUCCAGGAAACAGGUAACCAGCAGGAGGGAGACACUGGAGAAGUGGCGGUGCUAACUUCCCUGAGCCUGGCACUGACCUCUGGCAACUUCACUUUUUGCUUUUUUGUGGUACCCAGGGCCCUUGACAUGCAAGGCAAGUGUCCUACCACUGGGCUACAUCCCCACCUAUGUUUACAUAUCCUGAAGACAAUGAAAUCUAAUGAGACAUACUCCUCACUAGAGCCUAAAAAGUUCUCUCUAUUGGACUGCUGACAGGCUCUUUUGCUAUGGGAUUGUCGUUUUCCUCCGAGGCCUCACAUCUGGACUCGUAUUUCUAGGUACAAAUGAUUGGGAAGCCCUAGGAUAAAGGAAUUGUUAUGUGGCCCUUGUCAUCUGUCCUGGCAGGUGACCAGAUGAGGGACACGUUUCUGGAGAAGGGAUGCUGGGCUUUGGUGAAAGGCUUCCCGCUGUUGUGUUAGUGAUUCUGAGGGCUGAAAAGCCAGGGCACACCAGGCAGGUGCUGAGACUCAGCCAUUUCUCCUUGGAAAUGAAGAACCCCACACCCACAAGUCCAAAGUUAACUCUACCGAGAACCUCUCAGUAAGGAAUGGCCAUUUAUUACAAUGUUCAAUGCUGGGAAGAUGUGCUUGGCAAACUCUGAGGAACUUGAGACUUGAAGGACUGUCACUGUCUCCAUGGGGACAACAUGUUCAUGGCACACAGCUCAUUACCUCCGUCUAGUCUCCCAUGUCAUCUACAGCUCCUUGGGAAGAGUUUGGUGCGAAACAGCUCCCUGUUCGUCUGUUUGGGACCCUUACCCUGUGUGAAGAAACAUCAAGUGGCCAGGCUCAAAACUGGGAAUUUCAAGUUGGAAAAUCCUGACUUAGACAUGUCGUGUACAAGUAUGCAUGUCUGUGAUGGUGCUCAGACUUAAGUCAGAUGUGAUUUGAUGUUGUGGCUCUAAGAGGAACUUCAUGCAUCAUUUUAGUGGGGAUGUGUGCUGAGAAAUGUGUCAUUAGGCAACCUCAUGGGAACAGCAUAGCAUGUACUUUCACAAGCCUGACAGUUACAUCAGCAUAUAAACUUACGGGGCCACUGUGAUAGCCAUGGUCUGUUGUUGACUGACAUGCUGGGGUGGCAUGUGGCUACAUCUUAUUUCUUGCAAUUACAGUGUUUUCUCAGACGUCUUCAUCACACUGUUGUUGCCAUAUGUUGAGAAACCAGGGAAAGUGAGGAGGAAAAAAACUGACUUUUGUAAAUGAAUAUUCUUUCUAAAUGAUCUGCUUUCUGCUAUUUCUGGACAGCAGUGGGGUAGUAAAGUUUUAUUUUCCUGUUAGUGGAGGUGUGUGGCAGUGUGGCUCUGCA